AUGCUGAAGGUACUGUGCCUCUUAUGUAGUUUUAAUCAUAGUACAGUAGAUAUUAACGUCAAAUGUCCCCAUAAUUUUCUCGUGUUUUAUAUUUCAAAUUUAGAAGCUUGCCCAUUGCCUGCAUCACUUCCAAAAUCAAAAGGAGACGAAGAUAGCUGGUCUUUACUAAUUCAGAAGAUUUUGUUAUCCAUCAAUAGUCACUUGAAUGAGGCCUUCCAAGGCAUCGGUGAAGAUUCAAAAGGCAUUGAAGUUGUAAGGUUACUGAUUCUACCAGGAAAAGAUCCUCCACCACCUUUAGGUUGUUGUUCACAAUCAGAAGGUUCCUUGGACAAAAUAAAAAAGAGCUCAGAGCGGAUGUUAACAUCUAGUAUUUCAACCUUGAUGGUUUGCUGUUCCACAAUGAUAACAAGUUCAUACAACCAUCAGGUGGCAGUUCCCAUUCGCCCGUUAUUAGCUCUUGUUGAGAGAGUGCUGACGAUGGAUGGUUCUUUGCCACCCACUUCAGUGCCAUUUAUGACAUCUCUGCAGCAAGAAUCAAUGUGUUUAGAACUUCCGGUGCUGCAUUCAGUCAGUUUGGAUCUCCUCGUUCCAUCAUUAAGAGCCUUCGCAGUGAGGCAUCUACUAUUCAACUACACGACUAUAUACCAUAAAACCUUUAUGCAGACCCAGACUUUUUCAGUAAUCAAUACCCAUCCAUAA